GUGGUAACAGCAACAUAAGUAAGAAGACUAGGGAAAAGAAGAAGAAGAAGAAAGAGAAAAAGAACAGUAAACUAAAGAAUAAAUUGACAACUACUACUGAGAUAAGUAAGCUGAAACGUUAUAUAAAACAGAAACACAAAGCACUUACUCAAGAUUUAUCUUCGAGCGACGAACAAAACACUAAACGAAUGCAACCGCUCUUGGAUCCACUCAAGGAUAUUACAAAUCUUAUUCUCAACCGUAGCGAUGACAACACUUCGUCAACAUCAAUACAGCAUCAUCAUCAUCAGCAAUCACUAUAUCCUGAAACAAAUUACUUUCAUCAGCAACACUCUUCGUCUACACCGUUAUCUCAAUCCAGCCUUGGAAAACGGAAACACAGCUUAUCAUCAUCUACUACUACUACUUCUCUUCUACCUUCGAUUUUGGAGAAAAGUGACAGUGCAAAGGAGAGUGGAGGAGGAGGAGACAAUAACGAACAAGUGAAAAAGGAAGAGAAUAGGAGCGUGUCAGCUGCAGUUUCUUCAAUAAAGAGACGUUUAUUGCAAGACGAUGAUGAUGAUGUUAAUAAAACUAGGGAGGAGGAGGAGGAGGAGGAGGAGGAGGAGGAGGAGGAGGAGGAGGAGGAGGAUGGAGAUGAGGAGGAGGAGGAGGAUGAAGAGGAAGAGGAAACUACGUUACCUGUAUCACAAACGACACUAUCCGAAAAUACUAUAUUGGGCAGUUAUAUUUUGAGAUGGUUGAAAAAAGAAAAGGAGAUUGAUCAACAUUUUGGACCAAGAAUCAAACCAUUUAGUGGAAAAUAUUUUCUGGGUAGCAAAGUAAUGACAUUCGACAAUGAUGGUAGUGAAAUAAUUCUAAGUAAUCCUAAAAGAGAUGAACAAACUGGAGAAUUAGGUGUACGCAAGUUUUCAGUUACACAAGGACUUUGCGAGCUGAUUUUCAUGAAAAAUCCCUACAUAUUUCUAGUAACUGAAAAAGAUAAACGCAUUUACAGACGAAUUCUUAAUUGGACUAAUGUUUAUAGAAAAGGUUAUCGUACCGAUGGCAAAAUUGCUAAUUACAAUCAAAUCAAGUAUAAGUCAAUAAUUAAAAAAAUACUACAACUCGCCGAUGAAGCUACUCCAAAGAAACCAUCAACAACAACAACAGCUGAUGAUGAUGACCUGCUGAAAAAAUCAUUAUCACCAGCAGCGGCUCGUACACCAUUGAUGCAGCAGCAGCAAAAGAAAGUACAAGGUCGAGGAUUGAAAACUCUGUACAAUAUUGUUCCAGACAACAGUGACAAUAAUACAUUCAUCGACUACAUUUACUGGAAUAACCCUAAUGAGUUGGUUGAUAGGCUCCACCUGCUUGAUGAAUCACACGCAGUUGGCAAUACUGGUCAUCAAAACGAAAUCAAUUCAAUUUUAGAAGAACUAAUUGAAAAUGGAUAUAUAGAGGGCAUUGCACCGGCACCAAUUUAAGUGAGGCGGAGGAGGAGGAGGAAAAAUGUGAUGGAAAGGGGUUUUAACAAAAAAGAAAAGGAUGCGAUUAGGUAGAAAUGUGUUCAGUUGGUUGGUGACUUUUAUGGUGAAAUGAGGUCUAGUGCUCUUCAGUAUUAUCGUUAUUGUCGUAGCAACAACAUCAGAAGAAGAACAAGUAACCAACUGUUAACAGAAAUGGAUCCUGUUGGAAACAUUAAUAUCCGUGGCAGACGAGUUACUAAUGUUGGUAAUCCACGUAACAAUAGAGACGCUAUCAAUGUAAAUACGUGUAAACAGUUGAUUGAGCAAGCAAUUAAAGAAUUUACAUCUUCGCCAUCAACGCAAUUAACAGAAGAAGAGAUGAUUAAAUCACUGUUGAAUAGUGAAACACUAAUGGAAAGAGUGAGAGAAAUUACAGUGUCUGCGUUUGCAAUUAUUGCCGAUGCAAUUUCAAAGGAAUUGUCACACGAUACUCUACAUCAAGAGCUUAUAAAAGAAAGACUCAUUAGCAGAAUGCAAUAAAUACAGCACUUAUCGAUUGAAACAAACCAUUUGAUGGCUGUCUUUGGAAAGGGGAAGAUAUUGAGUACUUGUUCUUCUUCUUCAAGUGGUGGAGGAAAAAGUCACUCAAAAAAAGGACGUGGAAUUCUGAGUGAUAUUUCUGGUGCAGUUGGAAGUGUUAUAAAUAAAUCCAUUGACUUAUUACCUGUGGAACUCCACAUACCAGGCUACUCGUACUGCGGACCAGGGACAAAAUUAGCUAAAAGAUUAGCAAGAAACGACCCAGGUGUAAAUAAAUUGGACGAAGCUUGCAAGAAGCACGAUAUUGCAUACGCGAACAGCAGCGACACAGCAAGCAGGGCAGUAGCUGAUAGAGAGUUAGCAGAGCGUGCUUGGAGCAGAGUAACAUCUUCAGACGCGGGUCUAUUGGAAAAAGCAGCGGCAUUAGCUGUAACCAAUAUUAUGAAAGCAAAAUCAACUUUUGGAGGCGGGAUGA